AGUUUGACCUCCUGCGCGUCAACUGGUUAUCGACUGCCUUUUUACAACAUGGCGGCCUGUCCUCAAAGUAGCAUUUUGGAAUUGAUUGACACAGGAAAGAAAACUUUGUACUGAAAUUUGCCCAGGAAUAUUUUCAGUUCAAAUUUUCAGUGUAACGUGUGAAAUCGUGAAAAGGAAGAACAGUACAAGGUGAAGAUGUAAUAAAAAGCCGUAUUCUGUUGAUGUUCAUAAACAAAUCGAUUUAGCAAUAGGAGCAACUGAUUAAACGGCUCAAACAGUCUGUACUGCUGGAAAAUUGUAUUCCUAUGUCAAAGACUUUAGAGAUAAAGGCGUCCUGUUGUUUUGAAGAAGGAUAUUCGUGAAGUGCAGAAGAUAUCGGCGAAUAUUCUUUUUGAUUUAAAGGCAUUUGAAGUUGCUUUCGUUGCAUGGAAAUACCUUUAGCCAAAAUAAGCACCGAGGCGAGCAUACUAUAGGUUAAAAACUGAGGAGGUUUUGUAUAAUAUUAGUGAGAUUUUGGCAAUUAUGUGCUUAAGACGAAGAAGGGGUUGACGAUGAAUUAAUCUUCUGUCGAUCAAAUAAAACAGCGCAGAACGAUGGCUUCAAUGGAGGACAAAGCAACAAACGUUGAAACUGAAGAUCUACACGAGUUUCACAAAGAAAGAUGGAAACAAGAUGAUGAUAAACAGAAUGUAACACAAGAUAAACUGAAAAUAUUGCUGGUGAUAUUUUCAAUGUUAGUUGUUAUAACGUUUUUGGCCACAGUGUCUAUAUUGGCAUGGGCCUACAUAGAACAUAGUCAAAACUCUUUCGACAAAGCUCAGUUGCAUGAGCCAACUAGACUAUAUAGUUCAACUGCUGGAACCGCGACCAUGGCACAGAUAUUCAACACAACGAAUUCUAUGAACGGCGCAGAGCAGGGGGCAGCGCAGAGAUCAUCAAUUCCAGGUUUCGAUAGUAGUCAAAUGCAUUUAUUUCGAGUGUAUGAAGGGCUUAACACCGGUGCUGUUUGCCUGGACGGAACGCCACCAGCCUAUUAUCUAAGGCCUGGAAAGGGUUUAGGUGCUAAUCGUUGGAUACUGCAUUUCAAUGGUGGUGCUUGGUGUUUUGAUGAAAAGGCUUGUCUAGAGAGAAGCCAUGGCUCUCUGGGUUCUACUAAGCAUCUGCCUGCAUCACCUCCGGUAAUUCAAGGUAUUAACUCACCCAAUGAGCAGAUCAAUCCGGAUUUCUAUGAUUGGAAUCUCGUCUGGGUUGUCUAUUGCGAUGGUGCAUCUUUUACAGGCGAUAGAGAAGAGCCCGUCGUUGUAGGGGGAGAAAACAUAUUUUUCAGAGGGAAGCGUGUGCUGGAUGCCGUUUUUGACGACCUCAUGAAACGCGGAAUUCAAAACGCAGAAGGCAUUAUACUCACGGGCAGCUCUGCGGGCAGUAUGACAGCCAUGUUUGCAAUUGACCGGCUAGCGGAAAGAUUACCGAAUGUUCCAAUGCAUGUUUUAUCCGAUGCCGGUUAUUUCAUCGAGACUCAAAUGAUGGGUGGCAAAAGCGUUGGCGCAAUGUUCAAGAAAAUUUAUGACAUGCAGAAUUCUUCCGGAGGUCUAAAUAAAGACUGCAUUCAAGGGUUUGGUAUACAGAAGGGCUGGCAUUGCUUCCUGCCUCAACACACUUUCAGAUUUAUAAAACAUCCCGUUUAUAUACUAAACGCAGCCUACGAUGUAUGGGCGUUGCUAUAUUUCGUGGGGAUUGACUGCAAGUUCCCUACCGUAAUGCAGCAAAAUAUUCAAAAAAAGAGUGAAGUUCAAGAGACGAACGUCACGGACCACAUCACUAGCCACAGACAGAUUCGAGACGUCUCCGGAUUUGAGAUACGUCCAUAUUUUAGAACGAGUGAGGAGAUUGCGAAAGAGGAAGUCUCUGACGAUGUAACCCAAGGUAAUUUAGCAAAGGGACCAGAUAUAAAGAAAGACAUUAUACCCGAAGAAGUUCAAGACCCGGGCAUGAAUCAAGAAAAGCGAAACUUUGAGCCCCUGUUAAGCGAUUCGGAUUUAGUUGACUCUUUGAACACGUUUGGUACGAGAGACCAGGCUGACAAUUAUUAUAACGAAAGGAUACCAAACCCUCGCAUUGGAGAGGAGGCAGUAGAAGGGCCAAAGCUACAUCUCAACAUCGAACAAGAUGCUUCAAAUGAAGAAGGCAAAAUGCCAAACGAAGUGGGGGGAGGAACAGAAUUUGUUAACCCAGACCCUGAUGAAAGUUUGAAGUUAGUGAACGGCGGAGAGGAGAACGAAAAGGAGGCAACUUUAAACUUAAACCCACUCGCUAGUAGCGUCAGCACGUUACAUAACGUCGCAGAAGACGUUCAACACGGGAAUAUGGACACAGAGACAAUGGGACUAUUGAAUGAAGUAUUUAAGAAACUAAAAAGGCUCAUGCCAAAAAAGAAAUCAAACUCUACGGUACCACAAAAACAAAAUGUAACCAUUGCAGGGUUGCUGAAAGAUAAAGCAGUUGCUACAAAUUUGGAGCAUGUUAACACAGUAAAUGUUGGAAAAAAUAAUGAAGGUGGGCCUUAUUUUGCUAAAAAUUUGAGUCCAAAAACAGUCAACAAAACCGAUGCUCUAAAGAACAUUAACAAAGAAGUGGAAAAGCAGAGAGCAAAAGACAUAACUGCAAAAUUGAACGACAUGUUGAAAGCAAAACAAGCUGAAGUGAUUAAAGAAAAGAAACUUCACGAGGAGGCGAAGAAACAGAACCAUAAACCGAGCAAUGAAAUCAUCGCGAACAUGUUCAAAAAAGCAGGUAAACUGCCAAAUUUUCUCAACAGUAAUGCAAAUCAUCCAGUGCGUCUGCAGGAUUUGCUUCAAAAAGGUGUUGCGGGGUUACACAAAAAUUCAAUAGCGCAAAACAAGAAUAAAAGAUCUGCGAACAUUAUCAGGGAAUAUAUAAACAUCCUGAGGUCAGAUCCCCCUGAAUGCACUGAGAAUCAAAUGAUUAACGUUAUGAAAUAUAGAAACGCUAUGCUGAAGGCCACGGGGGUCGUGAAAACAACACAGAAUGCAGGAAUGUUCCUCGUCUCUUGCAUCGAACAUUCAAUGUCUUUGUUCGACGAAACGUGGACGGGAGUGACAGUUAAGCAAAAAUCAAUACAACAAGCGUUCGGUGAUUGGUAUUAUGGUAGAGAAACGAACCACAUUAUAAUAGAUGGAGUAUACCCCACAAACCUAUCGUGUCCCUGAAAUGAUCAAUAAGCAUGCUUCAGAAGCAAAGUGAUCACAUCUUUUAUGUAUAAGGGGGAGGGGGAUCACACAAUGACCUUUCAGCAGAAAAAUGAUGGAUGACCUUGACAAAGCUACAAAAACAUCAUAUGUUCUGUUAAUAUUUUGGGACCACUGGUCUCUCUUGAGACAUUACGUUUAUGUCUCGUAAAACAAAAAUAUCACAAUUCGUAAAUGUGUAUAAGCUCAUUGGAGUUUUCGGGACGCUGGGUGAAAGCUAGGAAUACCUUUUCAGAGAUGCAUCCACAAUUACAUAAAAAAUUUCACAUUGAGAACGAUAAGUAAGCUAUGCACAUACGCUUUUUGCCAAUUCUAUCCCUGUCGACAAUAAAACAAUUUAAACAUGCAACACUAGCGUAGGGCAACCAAAGCCCAAAAAGAUAUAAGGAAAAUGACUAUACCCAUGGUGAAACAGUGGCCAAUUAACAGUGGAAUAUUUUAGCAACACAUAGAGAAUAUUAGGUGUAGAGUAGGCAUUCUGUUAUACUUUGUAAAAAUAGAGGAUACUAUUGAUUUGACUUGAUGAAUAAGCAGGGUUUAAAUCCCGUAUCUUACUGAAGAUCUUCUUUGCUAAAUGGAAAGACGAACUCACUUUUGUAUUGAAAAGUAAAUGAUUUUAUAAUUUCUUGUAAUAAAUAUAUACCAACUUGUGGUUUGUUUACAUCAAUUUCUAAUUGGCUCGAAAUGCUAAGAUGCUACAUUUAAUGGUAAAAGGUAGAGAAAAAAUAUUCUCGGGAAGGUAGUUAAUACUACUACAUCGGGUAUGACGAUAACCCAACAGAAGAUACUACCAAACAAGAAGUCUUUAACUUAAAGUGAAGCAGACGUUCUAUGGUCUGCUGACCUCUUUUUCUAGAAUAUAGCACUCUAAAAGCAGGAUUUGCAAAUCAUACUUUGAAAUGGAAGGGCCUCGGGGAGGGUG